AUGGAAUUUUGUCCCCCAUGUCGAAACUUACUACCGACUCGGUUCGUGAGUCAUGUCGGCAAUCAGCCCGCUAGAGGUCGGAUACUGCCGGCGCAGUUACUGAGUCAUUCCUUACAUAUCGGCUCUAGAGAGAUUCAAUCAAGGUUACCUCAAUGAAUCCGUCAUUGAUCUCAUUAUGCGGACUAAUCCUUGUGUCUAGCCGUUAUAUGGGGACACCCAACAGAACACUGGAUGCUUCCACUUGUAUAGCCUUUAGCUGUGUAUAUUAAAGACUCCUAUAUCAAUGAAGUUUUCCCACCUGUCCCUAAGGAAAGAAGAAAUAUCCAGCCCUUGGAUUAGGUUCAUUGAUCGAUACACUGCCAAGUUGCAGACAAGAUGGAUCGAGUUCAAGCGGAAGCGGAUUUCUUUCGACAACACUCGCCCCCUGACAACCUUACUUCCCACGAAGAGCUCGCAUGCAAGUUCAUCAAUUACCACCUGGAGACAGAGCGUCGUGUAGUGCUCGUGACAUCAGGAGGAACAGCUGUUCCAAACGAGUCGCAAGCCGUGCACUUCAUUGAUAAUUUCUCGCGUGGUACGAGAGGUGCUCGCUCUGCCGAGUACUUCCUGCAGAGCGGAUAUGCAGUGAUCUUCUUGCAUCGUCAGAACAGUCUGAUUCCCUAUGCUCGGCGUUAUAGUCCUCCGAAGAAAUGUCUUCUGAACCUCCAAGACGCAGACGACGGUAGUCCUGGUGGUAGAGAUUCGCUCCGUAGAGGGUACGAAGACCAAAUUCGUGAUGCCCUCAAAAACCAUCAUUGUGCCACGGAGUAUAAUAACCUACUGCUUUUGCCAUUCGAAACAAUCUCUGACUACAUGUUUCAGUUGCGAUCAGUGACUACGCUUAUGCAGCCGCUGCGCACUAAGGGGCUUGUAUACCUCGCUGCCGAUGUGAGUGACGUUUUUUUCCCUCCUAGUAGAAUGCUUGGAAACAAGAAUCAGCCCUCUCAGCUGCCCUUUCCCUUCAAUCAGAGCGGCGUGAGAUUAGUGGAUAGUGCAAGAAAUCAUGAUGAGAGUCAUCAAGCGUUGCCCAAGAAGCCAGAGAACCCUGAUAUUGAGCUCAAACCGGUUCCAAAGUUCCUGAAGAACCUGGUAGGCGAAUGGUUGCCAACCGGAAGUAUGAUUGUCUCGCUUAAACUGGAAGCUGACCCAAACAUUCUGCUCCAUAAAGCACGUAGCUCAUUGCAGCGUUAUAACCACCAUCUUGUUAUCGGCAGUCUGGUCUCUAGUUGGCAUCGUGAGGCAGUUUUUGUUUCGCCCUGGCCGCGGUGCAAAAAGUGGGUUCGGGCUCCUGAGUUUUCGAAAGGCGAAGGAUUGAUUGACAGUUAUAUUGGCGAGGAGGUGAUUGAGAUUGAGAGUCUUAUCGUCUCUGAAGUGGUUAGGUUGCAUUCAAAUAAAGUUGAGAAAGGACAGAAGGGACGCAUGAGAUGCGAAAGAUUUUCGAGAAGAGCUUUUCGAAGCACGAAACGAUGAAAUGACCUUUCUAAGCCAUUUACUGAUGCACUAUCAGAAUACUGGUUACCAUAAGCAAAGCCGAGCCCAAUGAUUCCUUUAAAAAAAGCUCUCACUCCACGAGUGGCUGUGUAGCCCCCGUGCAAAAGCCAAGACAGAAAGUGCAAGGCCUCCAUGAAAAAAGUACUGCUUGUUGAUAGGAGUAUCGUACCUCGUCACUUCAACUUAUUCUAUUACAAAUCAAGGGAUCGGUCCGCAGACCGACGUUAUGAUUUAU